AUGACAAGCGAGCUAGAUGAACAGUUAGAUGAACUAAAACUGUUAGCUGAUAUUAUUGAUACACUUUCAAGUACAGAACAAGGGCUGCGCCCUGAUCAAAUGGUGCCUUUGACUCUUAGAUUACGCAGGGCAGUGGACAUUAUAGCAACUACAUUUUCUGAUCAGAAAACAUGCAUACAAAAACGUUUUGGUGAAAAGGAACGUCCUCGGCGGGCGGAUGGAUUACCUGAACUAACUCAACAGGUGAAACACUCGCUAGGAAUGCCUCCUUUAGUUUCGACACGGAAACCAGUAGUUACGAGACCUUCUAGCAUCAGCGCGUAUCCAGUUCCAAGAGAAAAAGCUCCUCAGGGACACCUAGUCAUCUCAAAGGAGGUUUCACGUUGUUUGGCGUGCACCUUGUAUAAUAUUUUAGAAGGUUCAACAAGAUUAUUGAAGGCCUCGUUUGCCCAUAUUUUUGUUCGUAAAGAUGAUGAGAUGAUAUCCAUUGCUAACUGCGCUGCUCAUCUUUCUUUUCCCCCACAGUUGGUGCGUCAUAAAUGCUUGGGGUCCUUGGAUGCAGACGUUUUGGGGAGUGGAAUUGCCUUGAAUCAGCACAUUGCAGAUGGUUCAAAAACGACUUCAAGUCUACUAAUAUUUCCUGUUUUUGCUUCGGACCCGCCUUCGCAGAGGGCCUUAGCUGUGGUUCAUGUAGAGAAUAAACUUCAGGGAAGCGCUCCGUUCAAUAAUGAGGAUGAAGCUAUUCUCUUGACGACAACACAGUUGAUUGGUGGAUUAAUGUCUUGUUUUCCCCAAAUGGAUUGGAUCAAGCGUUUUUAUGAUCCUGUUACCCAACACAUUUUAGCCCCUUUUGUACCACGGAAAAAAAAUCCAUUGUCGCGAGAAAGAACCGCUGGUAAUCAACAUUCCUUUAUUACUGAAACAGUUAUAGAUGCUGAUUAUUCUUCAGAUGCGAUUUACUUUAAAAAAAUUGAAGAAUGCGAAGUUCCACGCUUGAUACGACGGGAUGCUUUUCCCCGUCUUGCUACUCAAAAGCCUUUGGCUGAGGGUCUUUCAGCGACUCCAUCAUUGCGUGAGGUUGCCGCAUAUAUCGAAAAUAUGCAUAGCUGUUGGAGUCGCACUGUGUCCAGCAAUGUUAAAUUUUCUGAGGAAGAGCGUUUUAAUCAGGUUGAACUGAAGGCAUUACGCCGCGAAUUGGUUCGCAUUAAAGCACUGUAUGCAGAGGUGGAGGAGCAAUUGCGCCUCUAUCGACUUGAAGGCCAAGACUAUGAAGAAGAGUUUCGUGGUAUCAGGGGUGAACUUGAUGCGUAUUUACGGAGACGUGACAAACUGGAUGUUACGUAG